AUGGCGGAGGCCGAGGUGGCCCUGCCUCACCGCCCGCCGCCGCUGUAUCGCAGCGCAGCAGGUCAGGCAGCUCUACACGCUCAUUACAACAAGGCCCUGGCUGCGCUGCCCUACCAGCAUGAGGAGAAGCUAGUGGAGACCAGUUUUGGCACGGCCCAUGUGCUCGUGUGCGGUCCCGCGGAUGCGCCGCCGCUGGUUCUGUGGCACGGGAUGGCUGUGCCAGGCCCCUUCAUGAUCCGCAUGUUUGACCCGCUGGUCCAGCACUAUCGUGUGUACGCACCAGACCACCCCUACCAAGGCGCGCUCAAGCAGCAAAGGUUUUACUCGGGGAGCCGCACUCAGGAUGCAGAUCUGGACACUAGCAGGCACGAGAACGGAAAGUGGUGCCUGGAGGUGCUGCGCGGCCUUGGGCUGGUGCCGCCAGCUGGCGCCGAGGGCGGCAAGGCGCCUCCGCCGCUGCACAUCGGCGUGUCCUUUGGCGGGGCGGUGCUGCUUGAUCUGGCGGUGGUGGCGCCCGAGGCGAUCCGCGGCGCCGCCCUGGUGGUGCCCGGCGGUCUGCUGCCAGGUGCCAGAUGGUCGAUCCUGUUCCGCCUGAUCCUUCCAUCCAUGCUCUACCGCCUGCUGCCCUGCUCUCCCACCGCCUGGCUGUCGCUAGUGAGCAUGUGCGAUGAGCCGUGGGACCCAGACCAGGACCAGAUCCUGCUGACAUGGAGGCACGUUCUGUCCUUCCCGCAGCUGCCCGGGGGCGACAGCGGCUUCUCCCGUGAGCAGCUGAGCCGCCUGGCAGCACCCACCAUCGUCAUCACCGCCGAGCACGACAUGUUUGCUCCAGGGCAUGCCGCCGCCGAGGCCGCAGCGGCUGCACUGCCCGACUGCAAGACGAUCUUCAUCCCCGGCGCCAAGCACCUGCCCAGCAAGGAGAAGCAGGCAGAGCUCAACAACUGGAUCCAGGCGUUUUUUGUUUCCAGGGGGCUGGCGGGGACCGCCGCCAGCUAG